CGGCCGUAAAGUGCAUCGGCUCUGUAGCUGUCGUGCUGUCGGCAGCUAACAGUAAACACCGACAAUUUAACAAAGAAAGAACUUCAAAACCACGGCGUUUGUGUCAUUAUUUGGAGGAUUAUCAGCAGUUGGUCGAAAAAUGGCUGAGAAAUUUGACAACCUCGAGGAGCAUCUGGAGAAAUUCAUCGAGAACAUCCGCCAGCUGGGGAUCAUCGUGAGCGACUUCCAGCCGAGCAGCCAGGCGGUGCUCAACCAGAAGCUGAACUUCAUGAUCUCUGGGCUCCAGGACGUGGAGAAGUGUCGCCAGCAGCUGCACGAGAUCAACGUCCCGCUGGAGGUGUUUGAGUACAUUGACCAAGGGCGAAACCCUCAGCUGUACACCAAGGAAUGUCUGGAGAGAGCCCUGGCGAGGAACGAGCAGGUCAAAGGGAAGAUAGACACCAUGACGAAAUUCAAGAGCCUUUUAAUUUCUGAGCUCGGCAAAGUUUUUCCGGAGGAGAUGUCCAAGUAUAAAGCCAUACACGGAGAAGACGUGCCCUCCUAGUGACUGCUGCACAGCGGAGUCCAGGCCUUCAACCCGUGACGCCCCAAAUGAAAGCCUGAGAGGACUUUGAGCUGGCGGGAUGCUCUGUGGUUGCCAGCAGCAUGAAAUAAUGACUGAUUAUUAUUCCUCUUAAACGGUGUCACGCUGGUGCUGAUCGCUAUCCUGAGGGAGAGGGUUUCAUUUCUGCUCAGCAGCCUGACUCAGCCAGGCAUCACCUUCCUUUUUUACUGGAACUAAUUUAAAGGAGAGAUGUUUGAUUUUAUGCUCUGGGUUGUUGCUUGUUGUCUUUUUUUUUUUUUUUUUUUUUCUUUUUAAUGUCUUUGUUGAUGCACGGAGACUUAAAUUAGUGGCGUUCUGCCAGCUCCACAGACAAAACAAAGCUGCAAGGCUCCCGUGUGACCCCUUCAUCAAGGACUUGGGUAUCUGUUAGUUAUAUUUGUAUUCUCGGUUUAAGCAUUCUUCCUUAUCAAAGGAGAAGUCACAUUUGUACCACACGAAGAUUGUAAUAUUCUGUGUCACGCUCAGGUUCCUAAUUACGAUUGAACGCUUGGUCAGAAAUGAGUGCAGUCUUCAUUUGUAACUUGUUUGUAAAUAAAUCAUACUUUUUGAGGUUA